GAAUACCCACAUCUUAAAUUAUUGCUUGCUGUCGGUGGCUGGAAUCAUGAGAAUGGAUUGGGAAAAUUCUCGGCCAUGGUGAAGACGGCCCAGAAUCGUAAGAUUUUCAUCGAUUCAUCAAUCGCAUUCCUUCGCAAAAACGGCUUCGAUGGUUACGACUUGGAUUGGGAAUAUCCAGCCGGUCGGGGAAAUUCACCCCCGGGAGAUAAACAACGAUACACCGCUCUCUGCGAUGAGCUCUUGGCCGCAUUCGAGGAAGAAGCCGCGGAGUCUGGUAAAGAGCGCUUAUUGUUGUCGGCCGCAGUUCCAGCUGGCUACAAGACCAUUGAUGCAGGCUAUGAAGUCGAUAAGAUUGCGAAGAGCCUGGAUUGGAUUAAUCUGAUGACAUAUGAUCUCCAUGGUAAAUGGGACAGAAAAACUGGACACCACACGGCCAUGCUUGGUAGCGAUAAGCUCACUGUGAGGUAUGGAUUGUACACACCACUUAUGUUUUAGUCUUUUCUUUAACGCGCUGCUCGUCACUGCUAAAUCAGAGGGUCCUGAAGGGGUAAAAUGGGAACUGGGAUUUGCUCAUUUUUGGGUGGAAAAAUGGGAUUUCAUGCACUGGGACUGGGAUUCAUCAGAAAAAACCCCAAUAGAAAAUGGGAAUGCGAUUAAGAUUUGAGCAGGACAGCCACUGAGAUGAUGGAAUUUGUGCUCUGGGACAAUGGGAUUUAGUCAAAAUUUGGGCUGGGAAAUGGGAAUACGACCCCCCUUCAGGACCCUCAAAACAAGCAUGCUACUGCAAAUGUGUGCUUAAACGGGUGAGCUAGUUUCUCCUGUACUUUGAGGGGUUUUUUGAGUAAUCGCGCGUUCUCCGCUUGUAUUCUAAAAGCUCACUCACACUCAAUGAGUGGAGGUUCAAUCUGAACUUCUCUUGAUUGCCAAUGCUGUUUUUGAAUAGCUGAAGGGUUAGUGUCGUAACUUAUUCUGUGACUAUUCAACCGAGAAUAUCAGUUAUCCAACUCACUUCAAUUUGACUGACAAUACGUACAUGUUACAGGUAUGCUGUGGAACACUGGAUGAAACUCGGUAUGCCAGCUCAAAAGAUUGCCCUUGGAAUGGCAACGUACGGACGUGCAUUCAAGCUCACCAAUCCCAACAAUAACGGUCUGAAUGCCCCAAGCAAUGGAAACCCAGUACGAGGUAAAUUUACCCGUGAAGCAGGAUUCUUGGCGUACUACGAGAUUUGUAAAAUGCCGCUGACAGUGGUAAAGCAGAACGCCGCUGGAGCACCGUACGGAUAUUCUGGCAACGUGUGGGUUGGUUAUGAUACACAAGAGAGUUUGAUGAACGAUAAAGUUGGAUUAAUCAAAGAGAAAGGUACGCAUAGACCAUCUAAAUAUACUCUUUUAUGUGCAUGAGCCUUCUUGGCCUCGUUUUCGUGACUAAAAUUGAAUAGAAUUUUGUAACAGCUGAGAAUUAUAUUAACAAAUAUAUUCUCACUGCAUGGGAGUUCUCCCUCACAAUACCAUAUAAUCUGAAUAUUUAUACAUGAGUCGAGAUGAUCAGUUGGUCAUCCAUCAGAUAUACCACGUGAUUAUCAGACAGUAUAAAAGUAGCACAAAAGUAUUUUUGAGCAUUUGCCACUGAAAAGGAAGGACGGCGCUGAAAUGUUUUGGGAAACAACCCACCUCCCCUCAGCCGCGACACUCCCAGAGCUAGCUUCGCCGCACUCCAACUUUGGCUGAAAAUUAUUUAUCCUCAAACUUAAUAUUCCUUCAGUGCGGGGGAGGCGAGCACUGAGAAUAUAUAGCUAUGUGCAUCACCAUAUAUACAUGUCUCAAACUUAUAAAUAAUUCAUGAGUAAAUUGGCCAAUCAUAUUGCUUUAUUUUGCUCACAUGAUAAUAUUUAAUACCUGGUGAAGUAUAUUGAUCCAGUCCUAGGACUGGAUUAAAAUUAAUUCAGUCCUUGGACUGGAUCUUCUCAUUUCAUGGGAAUAUCCUGAGUCUGCAAUCACGGCUUCAAUUUUUGAAUUGCAGAAUAAUUAAAUGCACUAUCUAGUGUAUAUAAGAUAUCUAUGGUCAUGCAGCAUGCUAUGCUGAUAAUCGUGCAUAUAUUUAAAUAGGUUAAAGACAAUUGCAAUUUCUAGUAAAGGUUCAGAAUAGUGCAAAUCAUUAAAAAUUUACAUGGCAUGACCUGUUAUUAUGACUAGCUUCGCCACUGCUGUUUUACAUAUAUUCUGGCAUGUCCAGCUUUAAAGAGGGCUUCUUGUUAAAAGGCGGGGAGUUGAAAAAAUUUAAUUUUUCCGUGCGCAUAAACAGGUAAAACUUGUUCAGGAGGGAAACUUUCUCGCCUGCACGUGGCACUAGUUAAGCCUGCCCAUUCAGACGCAAUAAUCGAUUACAUGCGGUUAAUACGAACGGAAAAUUCCACCACAUUAUUAUCAUAUUUAUUCGUCUUGCCUGUUUUCUAUAGGUCUUCUUGCAGCUAUGUUUUGGACGCUUGAUUUGGACGAUUUUGCCGGCACUCAAUGUGCCGAGGGAAAAUAUCCACUUCUCACAGCGGUCACACGUGCCCUUGCGGGAGGAGUACUCCCACCUAUGCCACCAAAACCCGUCACAAUGCGGCCCAAACCCAGCACCAUGCCACCCCAGCCAAGCACCAGACCGGUACCGCCCAAACCUGGAUCAUGCCACAGCGUCCCUCCAUUCGAAAGUGCUGCGACUGAUGCGUGGUGCAUAGCCAAUUGCGCCGCAGGGUUCUGCCCAUCGUCUCACUGCAAGUGUGAUUGAGCCAUGUGGACUGAACAUCUCAUUUUAAUGUAUACUAAUAAAAUGGUAAUAAAUAAAUG